GAGGGCAUUAUGCUGUACAGCUCAGCCAGAGAGGGAGAAUUUGUGGCUGUAGAGAUUCAGGAAGGUUUGCCAGUGGCCAUUGUUGGAAAAGGUGGAACCAAAACCGAGCUUCGUUCCCUCACAUUCAUCAAUGACAGGAAAUGGCAUUCCAUCAAACUACAUCUCAGUUUCAAAAGCCUUGAACUAAUUGUUGAUGGAGAAGUGGUGAAAAGCAGCAUUAACUCUCGUUCAAAGGUGCUUCAACUUAAAGGUCACCUUUUCCUUGGCGGUAUUGAUGACAGCACCAGAUCAGAAGUCAGAAAGGUGAGGCUUAUUUCAGUGUCUGGAAAGCGUGUCAAAGGAGGUUCCUUCAAAGGAUGUUUGAGGAACAUUAAAGUCAAUGGAGUGAAGAUGGGCCUCUCUAAUGCUAUUGUUACCAAAGAUAUCUCAGUUGGUUGUGAGCCAGAGAAAGAACCAGAACCAUCAACCACUGAGAGUCCCACAACUGCUGCAGGAUUCCUUUUUCACUUAGUGACACCAACACCAUCACUUUAUAUGUCCACCCUCGCAAGGGGCUUGGAUAGAAGGUAUGGUUUUGAUUUUGUGCAGUUUAAAAACCUUGUAGUCCAGGAGGGUGGUCGAGCAUCUCUUGAGGCCAAACACAUCAAGGUACUCUUGGACUUCAAGAUGCUUGGCAUCCGACAGUCUCAGAUCAUGUUUCGAAUUCUGGAGCAACCAAUGCAUGGUCAGAUAAGGCUGGACAUUGAUCAGGACCAAGAAGAGAACACCUUCAGCAUGUUGGACCUUUGGCAUGGACGAGUGAUGUACAUUCACGGAGGCUCAGAGGAACCAGAUGACUUUUUCAGGUUUUCAAUUUAUUCUAGCAGUAGAAAACAAGUUCCUGAUUAUCUGAAUGGCAAUAAAUUAUAUCGUUACAAUAUUACUGUGACACCUACUAAUGAUGCACCUGAAUUGAGCCUCCCUGAAGGAAAUCUCUUUGUCCUGUUGGAAAACUCAAAGAAGCACCUCACCACGGAUAUUCUCAAGGCCACAGACAUUGACAGCAGCUACACUGACCUUUUCUUCUCUGUGCUUGGAAACUUGAACGCCGAUGCAGGAUAUUUGGAAAUUGAAAACAAUCCUGGCAAGGCAGUGACCUCAUUCUCAUAUUUAGACUUGCAGGAACUGAGGGUGUACUAUUUUCACACAGGGGUUCGAAACUCAAGGAUAGUUCUUAGAGUCAGCGAUGGGGAAAAGAUCAGCAACACUGUGGUUCUAAGGGUCAUGGCUGUAGCACUAGAGUAUAAGAUUACCAACAACACAGGUCUUGGGAUCAUUCAAGGAGAGACAGCUAUAAUCGGUUCAAAGCACCUGGCUGUAGAAACCAAUGCAGUCAAGCAAGCUGUAGAUAUCCGGUAUGAUGUUAUUGAACCCCCUCAGUAUGGAGAACUCCAGAGACUUCACUCAAGUGGUGAAUGGAGACCAACUGACUCAUUUUCCCAAAGGCUUCUAGAAAAGGAGCGCCUGAGGUAUGUUAGCACUUUUCAAGACAUACAGACAUCCAACACUACGGAUUACUUUAAAUGCAAAGUUAAUGUCGCUGCAAGGGCAACCAUUGAAAUACUCUUCCAAAUCACUGUGAAGUGGGUGAAGUACCACCUUGUGAGGAAUGUUAUAAUAGACUUGGAUAAAGUUAGGAAAGUGACACUGGACUCAGAGCAUCUUUUUGCCACAGCUAAAGGUGCAUCCCUCUUAGAAGAGGACCUUUAUUUUCGGGUUCUCACUACACCAAAGAAAGGGAGACUCAUGCUCGACACCACAGUCUUGACAAAGAACUCAACCUUCAGCCAAAGAGAUGUAACAAAUCUAAAAGUACAUUAUGAGCUGGUCGACAGGCCUUCUGAAGAUACAAAUGACAGGUUCAAAUUUCAGCUGGUUUCAAAACAUUCUCAGUCACAAAACUAUGAUUUUCAGUUUUCCAUUAAAGCUGAUAUCAACAGCAUUUUUAUGAGAAAUAAUGGACUCUCACUUCUGGAGGGAGAAAGUAAACUUAUCACAAAAGACGAGCUGUUUGCGGAGACUUUGAAUACAAAGGAUAUGUACUACACAGUCAUAAGCAGCCCCAAACAUGGAACGCUAGCUCGUAUUAGUCAGUCAAAUUCCAAUACUAGCUACAACAACAUCUUAACCUUUAGUAAUCAGGAUAUAUUAGAGGAACGGAUCAUGUAUAUACAUGAUGACAGUGAAACAACUCAAGACGAAUUCACUUUCAUAGCGUCCACCAGUCAAGGGUUCAAAUAUUUCAUUGCAGAAAAUGAAAUUGGCUCUAAAGAAGGAACAUUUAGUAUAUCCAUUCGGCUGGUAAAUGACCAAAAGCCGAUACGUGUCAUAGAUAAAGUUUUCCAUAUAGUAAGAGAUGGACAGAGAUUACUCACUCAAGAUGAUUUGCGCUAUCAUGAUGCAGACUCUGAUUAUGAUGACAGUCAGUUAAUUUAUACUCGACAUGGAAUCCCGAUGGGAGAUCUAGUGCUUGUUAAUGACACUUCUCAUCGGCUGUUCCAGUUUCAACAGAAGGAUUUGGAAGAAAAGCGGGUUUUGUUCAUUCACAAGGGCGUGAGCACUGGCAGGUUUGUGCUCUUUGUCUCAGAUGGAAAACAUUUUGUAUCGAGCCUUUUAGACAUCAGUGCACACGACCCUUUCUUGAAGGCUGGCAACAACACUGGUUUGCUGGUUCAGAAGGGCAAAUCAGCUACUUUUUCUACCAGUAAUUUUAGUGUCAUAUCAAAUUUGGACAUACGCAAUGACCAUGAAGUUACUUUCAAGUUGGAUGAGCCUCCCAGGUACGGAGGACUUUAUCGCAAUGAAACAAAUGUGGAUUUGUUCACACUGUGUGACUUAAAGGAUGGACUAAUUUCCUAUCGGCACAAUGACAAAAAACAUCUGGCAGACUAUUUCAACUUAACAGUGAAAGCUAAAGGUCUUCGGCUUGCAGUGAGGAUCAAUAUGAGAGUUUACCUGGAAAGCCACCAGAGGCCACCUAUUGUGCAGCAUCACAAUACAUUAGUGGUGGAAGAGGGACAACCAGGAAAGAUUGAUGAAACUAAACUAGAGGUUACUCACGAGGACAACCUGCCAUCUGAGAUUGUAUUCACAGUCAAGGUAGCCCCCUCUCAUGGAUUUAUCCGCCGUUUUGUUGAAGCAGAGGCGCGCUACAUUGGAACAGAACAGUCCCCUAUAAAGACAUUUACCCAAGAAGACAUUAACAGAGGGGACAUCCUUUAUAUGCAGGUGGAGCCCAACAUAGUCAAUGAUACCUUCAUCCUCGAUGCCACCAAUGGGGUCACUGACGUCAGCGACAUUAGGAUGUCCGUUGACAUCGUCCCACGCCUCAUCCCACUGCAGGUGUCAAACUUCACACUGAUGGAGGGUGCUUCCAAGGCGUUGACCCAAGAUGUGCUCAAAGUCUCCAACCGACAUUUUUCUGGUGUCAACUUUGUGUAUAGUUUGACUGAGCCCCCGCAGCAUGGUCACAUUGAGCACUCUCGACAUCCAGGUGGGAACAUAACCUCUUUCACCAGGAGACAGGUGGAACAUGAAUUCAUUUACUACAUCCAUGACAGCAGUGAAACUGUAGCUGACAGCUUCACUGUGGUGGCCAAUGACACAAGCCUGAGGAAGCAGAGUGCAGCCCAGACGGUGUACAUCCAGGUUACAGCUGUCAACGAUGAGCUCCCUGUUAUUACAGCCAACAGGGUCCUCAGGGUCUGGGUGUCCUCAGUGACAGAGAUCAGCCCGGGGGAUCUGAUGGCGCAGGACCAGGACACACCCCCAGAGGAGCGUCACUUCAUGGUGACUCCACCAAGCAAUGGACACCUGGCCCUGAAGAGUGCCCCCAUGAAGGCGGUGCUCAACUUCACCCAGGCACACAUAGACCAGGGACAGCUGUUGUUUGUGCACAAAGGUGCCAUGUCUGGAGGGUUCAAUUUCCAAGUUAACGAUGGUGUGAACUUCACCCCCAGGCAGAUCUUUAGCAUCACUGCCAGAGCCUUAGUUCUCAGUUUAGAGAAAAACCGCCCACUCAAAGUGUUUCCAGGCUCUUCUACACCACUCACAAAUGAGGAGCUGCAAGCAGUGACCAAUGACAUCAGCAACACCUCCAACCGCAUCAUUACAUUUAGUGUGAUUCGUCCACCUAAGCUGGGCCGUCUGGCGGCAAGGCAGCCCGAUAAUUCAACGGUAGACAUUUCAUCUUUCACGCAAGAUAUGGUGAACAGGAAAGAGGUUGUGUACAUUCAAACCCCCACUGAGUCAGUGGGCUGGGAAGCCGUGGACUCCAUGACCUUCUCUGUGGCGUCACCACCUACUUCUCUGGACAUCCAGACCUUCAAAAUAGACAUCUCCUAUGAGAAUAAUAGACAUGAACACAACACAGUUCUGCUUGCUAACACAGGUGCUGAGGUAACAGAAGGGGAGAGUGUCGUCAUUGACAAAUCCAAACUUGAUGCCACUAAUUUGAUGUCAAAGUUGCCGAUGUCUCAGAGGAGCUCCCAUGAGGUCUGGUUCCAGGUGACAUCUCUACCUCAGCAUGGUGUCAUUGUGGUGGGGGAGAGAAACCUUACCAAGGAGAAGCCUAAUUUCUCCCAGUUCAUUGUCAACAAAUACGGUAUCACCUACAAGCAUGACAACUCAGAGACAACUCGUGAUUCUUUUGUAUUCAGUGCAUGGUUAAAUCCUAAGGGCAAAUCAGCACAGCGCCCUCAAGAUGACAUUAAUGUUAUUGAGGAGCAUUUUAACAUUACAGUCGUACCUGUGAAUGAUCAACCACCUUUGUUAAAAACCAAAGCUCCAAGUCUGGAGGUGGUACAAGGGGACACAGUAGCCCUCAGGCCUGAGAAUCUCAAAGUCGAAGACUUAGACAAUCCCCCAGAAGAUAUUAAGUUCUCUGUCAUUAGCAAACCAAACAAUGGUUACCUGGCAUUUAAAGGAAGUUUGAAUGAGUCGAUAACUGCCUUCACCCAAGCCCAAAUCAAUAAUGAAAGCAUCUAUUUCAUCCAUGAUGGAAGUUCUGUCUCUGGCGUGUUCUACUUCAGUGUUACAGAUGGUCAUCAUAAACCAAUAUAUAAACUUUUUAACCUAGAAGUGACAGGAAUUACCAUUUCUCUGGUCAACUUCACUGGACUGCUGCUUGAGCAAGGCAAGACUUCAGUAUCUCUGACCCAGGUCAACCUUGCUGCUGAGACUAAUGGGAAAAACAUCACCAUUCACUACCAGAUUACAAGGCCUCCAAGCUUUGGCAAACUUCUGAAGCAUAACGAAGAGGUUACACAAUUUGAACAGGAGGAUCUACAGACUGGAAGUUUGUCCUACCAUAUGAGCUCCCUUUCUUCUGCUGAAGACAGCUUUGAGUUCACUGCCUUCACUUCAGAGGCAAACCUGACUGGCCAGGUACUUAACAUCACUGUCAUACCUUUGGUCCAGAUUGGCAGAGGUUUUAGGAUUCCCAAUGGCUUUGCUGUCCCAGUCAACACUAGUUUUAUCAAUGCCUCUAAACUGGCUAGUAUGAGUGAUAGUGACCCUGUAUUUGAAAUUAUCUCCCAUCCUAAGUAUGGAAAGGUGGUUCGGAUGGUACCUCAAAUGUCCCAGAAAGCUGCAUUAGCCGAGUCCUUCUCUUUUCAAGAGGUCAUUCAGGAGAAGGUAGCCUUGGAGCUGAAUGCCAACAUGAGUGGAGUUCAAGAGCUAAAUGACUCACUGGUGUUUCUGUUGAAAGCUGAUAACAUCCAACCUGCUAAAGGGGAGUUCCAUUUUACGGUUGUGCCAUAUGAACCAGCACUUUUUCCAACCACAAAGAAUCCUGUCCCAGCCACAUCAUCUGUUCCUCAGACACCAGUGCAGACUUCCAGAAAGGGAACUGCAUCACCAGACCUGUCUACAACAUUCCUCUCCACCCAGCAACCAAGCAAAAAGCAGCAAAAGGUCAAGGGACGCAACCGCUGGGGUAACUCCAAUAGAACUAGCAUUUUUAGUACAACUCUUGGCAAACCAACACAUGGAGCAGAGGAAUUCCCCUUUAGGAACACACCAGUCCGUGUGGAGUCUUACCCUCAAACAAACUCCAAUCCACUUCUGAUUAUCCUACCCCUGCUGGCCCUACUGCUGCUUGUAAUCAUCUUUGUAGUUGUCGUUGUCUUUCUUCGACACCAAAGGCAAAGGAAGCAGAGCAGUGCUACACCAAAUGAACCACCUUCUCCUUGUCUUCCAAGCAGUCAGUCGUACACGGAGCAAAUCCUGAGGGGCACAACAGUUCCCACAGUGACUGUUACCCCAUUAAACCCCACCUGCCCAGGUAGCCCUGUUCUUAAUCGGUCAUUGGUGUCAAAUCACAGCUCAGAUUAUAACACCACAGAUUCAAACACACUCAUAAGUUCUUGGAGUAAUGGUUCCCCUGGGAUGUCUUCUCAAAUUAUUAGGAACACCACUCCCACUCUGCAGAAGAAUCAGUACUGGGUAUGAUCUUCCACACACCCCCUUGUAGCUAUACAUGUAGGAGAAUACUGUUACAGGUUUUGUGUACUUAAAUGGGGCUGGAAUAAAUUAUUACAUUACAUUAUGUUGAAAGUUAUCUUAAAGCUGCAUUAAUCAACAUUUUUAUAUUAAUGGUUAAUCAAUUUGCAGUGACAUGUAAGGUUUCGGUCAUCAUGUGGGUUUCCAUCCAUCUCAAGAGCUGAUGGAACCCAAAGCAAAGCUAAAAGACUAGUGAAUACUGGACUUACAUUCUAAUGCCAUAACGUUUCUCUGUGGCUGCUGGAUGUCCAACACCAACCACUGCUGAAUACUGAUUUGGUGGGACAGACUUGGUUCACUUGAGAAUUUACAAAGUGUUCCUCACUGUGGUAAAUAAUAACCUAUGUUUGGUGCCUAAUGCGUGGUUACAUUGACUCUCAUUGCUAUCUGGUCCUCAUGCAUGUUGAAGUCUCUCCCAUCAUGAGUCCUCAGAGCAGGAGUCGAUGCUAAUAACAGCUUGAAACUGUGAAUUACUAAGACUGACGCUGGCACAGAGAUGCAUUGUUUAAGCAUUUAAAUCGAUUGUACAUAUUUUAUGUAUUUUACAGUAUGUUAUAGUAUAACAACUUUUUUGUAAACUCAGGUAUUUUUUUGCCAUUUUAUGUUAUCUUUAAUGAGGGUUGCAUGUAUUGUCAAUAAUUAAGGUAUUUGUUUAACAUUACAGGAUUGAAUAUUAUAACACUGUCACAAAUGGUUCCCGGCCUGGCUGGAUAUUGAAAUGGACACUAUAAUUAUCUUGUACCUCUAUUAAAAUUAUUUCUUUAUAGCCCUGAUCAAAUCACAUUUGGUACAGUGUUAGCACUGUUUUUCUUAUGUAUUUUAUUUUACAAUCUACAGCUUUUUAUUUAUUGUCAAGCAUGUAUAAAAAAUAAGGGCACUGAUCUUAAAGAAUCUACACUGUGCUCAACCACCUUCACCAGAGACUAAAAGUCAAACAGUGGGAUCACUCUGUAAUCUAUUAACAGGUUCACCUAUAGUUCAAUAGAUAAUGGGGCCACCUACUUUUAGAGAGCGUGAGCUGGGGGAGGGAAUCAUCGUCUGAUGUGAGCUAAGUAUCUGUCAGUAGGAGAAGUUGUCAGGCAGCAGUUUUGUAGUACAUCUUUAAAAAUACUGACAGGUCUUUGGUAGAAAGGUUUGACUGAAAUUUAUGCCGGUAUUUAUAUAAAUUAUUUAAUAUAGAUAAGCAUGUUGACCUUGUCCUCAGUUUUUUCACAUGACCUGCUGUAGGCUUUCAUUGUUUGACACUGUAAUGCUGUAAUGCAAAGUACUGUCCACCCAGUCUAUGGGAGAUGAGAACAGAUAACAAUGGUAAACUUCAUUUUGUACUGAAGAGAAGCGUAUGUCCAGUCUCAUCUGAAUGGUGUAAACUACUAUGUAAGAGAAAUGUCAUAUUUAUUUAUACCAUAUUUUUAAUAAACCAC